AUGUUCUGGAUGGUGUUUCGGUACCUGUUCCUAUCAACCUUCUGCAUUGUGCGUCUCAAGUGUGAAGUUCAGCAAGACCGACCUAAAAUCAAGACCUCAGAUGGCGACCUCAUUUUAGAGCCUAGUUACGAUAAAAAUAUUUAUUUACGCCCCAAUGGCCCAAAAUCCAACUUGUUUAUAGGAGAACUAAAUCUACUUAACAUCAAUACUUCUAUGAACACCAGAGAUAAUCAACCAUCUUCAAGCGGUAAUUAUGGUAAGAACUAUCAGGAAGUAAAUGGGAUUUUAGAACGCUUACAAAAAUUAGAAAACCAACAACCUCCCUUACCUAGUGGCCUGCUUUUUAAUAUAUCAAUCCUUGCAAGAAAAAUCAAUCGACUAAAUAACAGAGUUUCAUUACUGCAAUCACAAAUUAGCGGAAGAACAAAUAACUGCCAAGCAAACACAUGUAAGCACGGCGGUACUUGUUUAAAUUUGAUGUCCGGCUAUUACUGCCUUUGUCCACCGAACUGGGAGGGGACUGAUUGUGAUGAAGAUGUAAAUGAGUGCCGAAACUUUGCCGGUACCGACUUGGGCUGUCAGAAUGGAGCUACUUGCAUCAAUAAACCGGGAUCGUAUGAUUGUUUAUGUAGAACAGGUUGGUUCGGUUUACAUUGUACAAGAAAAGCCAAAGAUUGCUCGGGAGGAGAUUUUGAAAUGUGUGGACAUGGCACCUGCUUGCCAGUGACUUCUGGAGAUGGAAUCAAAUGCAUUUGCGAUCAAGGUUGGACUACGAACGGUACUGGUAUAGCUUGCCUCGCAGAUGUAAAUGAAUGUGAAUCGUCACAAGGAGCCCGAUGUUCCGUUAAUCCUAGGGUUGAGUGUAUCAAUCUUCCUGGUUCAUUCCGAUGUAGUGAAUGUCCAACAGGUUACGAAGGAAAUGGAUACGUCUGCUAUGAUAUCGACGAGUGUGUCAUCUUACCAAAUGGAGGUUGCAGCGAAAGUCCUUUUGUAGCUUGUCACAAUACGAUUGGAUCAAGAUCCUGCGGCCCAUGCCCUCCGGGAUACCUAGGUGAUGGUGUUACCUGUACUUGGAUAGGCUCAUGUAAUAUAAAUCACGGCGGAUGUCACCCGGCAGCUUACUGCGUUGAUAAAUGGUUUGGAUCGGGAAGAAGAACACAAUGUGUUUGUCCCAACGGUAUGGACGGCGACGGCGUAGGUCUUGAUGGAUGCUACAUUUCUAUCGAAGGUAAUGCAACACAACACUGCGAGAGCAAUCCGUGCGGUGAGCAUGGGCAUUGCCACGCUCUUCGAACUGGUUAUACAUGCAUCUGUCAUAAAGGCUUUACUGGGGUACACUGUGAGAACACGGCAAAUUUAUGUGCAAAUUAUCCUUGUCGAAAUGGAGGCAGCUGCAUUGUUGAUGAAAAUUCGUCAAGAGGGUUCAGAUGUGAGUGUACUGCACUAUUUUCUGGGGAUCUUUGUCAGUCGCAUUCAAAUCUUUGUGGCGGUGUGUUAAAUCACGAAGAGGGUAGCAUUAUUUAUCCCAUAUCUAAUACAACCUAUAGUCAUAAUGCCCGUUGUGCGUGGGUGAUUCACACCUCACCCGAUAAAGUAAUUAAUGUUACAUUUAGUAAGUUCAAUUUAGAAACUAAUCCUGAGUGUCAGUAUGACUUUUUACAAAUACAUGACGGUCGAAGCUCAGCCAGUCAAUUAUUAGGACGAUUCUGUGGUAACACUUUCCCUUUAGGUGGAAAUAUUAUAUCUAGUCAUAAUAAUUUAUAUUUCUGGUUCCGAUCAGACCAAACAGUAGCUAAGGAUGGUUUUGCCUUGCAUUGGACUAGUAUAGAUCCAGUUUGUGGAGGGGAAAUCGAUGCAAGCACCCAUGGUCACAUCAGCUCGCCUGGGUCACGUGGUAAGUACCCGCCUAAUAGAGAUUGUUAUUGGCACCUCACGACUACCUUUGGAAAAAGAAUACUACUACACUUUUUCGAACUUGACAUUGAAGCCCACCCUAACUGUAGCUUUGAUUACGUUGCCAUUUACGAUGGAGGACAUAUCACUGAUCCUCUACUCGAAAAAUAUUGUAACUCAACCCUACCUGGACCUGUGCAAUCGGUGAGCUCUGAAAUUUUAAUACAUUUUCAUUCCGACGCUUAUGGUUCUGGUUACGGUUUCCGUAUUACAUUUGCUCCUGUAGAAGGUAUACCAGGAUGCGGUGGUUACUUCACUGAAUAUAGAGGGGAAAUUUCAUCCCCUACAUAUAACGGUAAAUAUCUCAAUAACAUAGUAUGUGAAUACAAAAUAAAAACCAGUGAAAGUACUAAAAUCCGUAUAAAUUUCAUAACAUUUUCAAUCGAAAGUUCAUUCCGCUGUAAAUACGACAACGUAAAAAUUUAUGAUGGUCCGUCGUCCGACUCUCGCCUUGUUGGUAAAUUUUGUGGCAAAAAUUAUCUAAAAUCAUACACAUCAUCUUCAAAUGCAUUAUUCAUAAGAUUCAAAUCUGAUCAUACUAUGUCCUCAGAAGGUUUCAAAAUAACUUAUGAAGCAAUUUGUCAUAAAACACUAUACGGUGAUAGCGGAGUUAUCAAAUCACCCGGAUACCCUUUCAGUUACCCAGAAAACACAGUCUGUGAAUAUAUUAUUAGUACUACUCCAGGAAAAGCGAUACAAUUAACAUUUCAAGAUUUUGAUAUUGAAAGUAACAGGUACUCUAAUUGCCAAUAUGAUAAUGUAGAAAUCAGAGACGGACCUGAUAUAAACUCGACUCUGCUUGGAACUUUCUGCGGUGGUUCUGAACAUAUACCACCUGUUCAAACAUCAACAUUUAAUUAUAUGUACAUCCGAUUUAAAUCUGAUAUGAGUGUUUCAGGUACAGGAUUUUACGCAAACUAUACAACGAUAGAUACUGAAUGUGGGGGCAUACAUAGAGAGACUUCUGGAGAAAUCAAUCAUCCCUCUGCUACAGAAACUUAUUAUAAAAACGAUCAGACCUGUACAUGGAUAAUAAUCGCCCCUGAAGGUAUGCAUAUAAAGUUAACAUGGAAUAGAUUCAAGCUGGAAAACCUAGUUCGACCUUCAUGUAGCACUGACAACGUUGAAUUGUAUGAAAUAGAUGACGAAAAUCAACGUGAUUUUCUAGGACGAUACUGUAAAUCUUCAUCGCCACCAGCGCUUACUUCUUCUACUAACAGACUUAUGAUAAAGUUCGAAUCUGACAGCAGUAUACGAGAGAGUGGUUUCUCACUAUCUUACUCAUUUUUAGACGAAAAAUCACAUUGUGGUGGAUUGUUCGUAAAGCCUCACGGCUACAUCUAUUCACCUGGAUGGCCAAAUACUUACGAGCCGAAUCGAGAUUGCAUUUGGACAAUCACUGUACCUUUCGGACAACAAAUUAUGCUAAAUUUUUCUCAAUUCGAUCUCGAACGCCCGAUACGUGAUAAAUGUGACUUAGGAGAUUUCUUAGAGAUAAAAAAUGGGGCCUCGGAGAAUACCCCGUUAAUUGGAAAGUAUUGUGGUAGUUUUAAGUCGAAACGUAUUUUAUCCACUGCCAAUAGUUUAUAUUUGCAUUUUCAUUCCGAUUAUUAUUUGUCAGGACGCGGUUUUAUAAUUGAAUGGGAUGGCAGUAUCACUGGAUGUGGAGGGACGCUGACCAGUAUUAGUGGAUCAAUUUCAUCACCAAACUAUCCCGAUAAUUACAAUGAAAACGCUGAAUGCUUUUACAGAAUAGUAACGAGCAGUGGUUCUAGAAUUCGAAUAUCUUUCACGGAAUUGGAUUUGGAGAAAACACCAAACUGUAGAGAUGAUUAUAUAGAAUUUUUUGAUGGCAGAGACACAAACGCGGUGAGCCUUGGCAAACAUUGUUCAAUGUCGUCUAUUUUAAGCAAUAUAGAGACAACCACUAAUUUUGCAUAUAUUAAAUUUCGGUCUGAUAUUUAUUUAGGUGGUAAGGGUUUCUUGCUUAACUAUGAUACAAUAUGCAAGUGUAAUAUAUCUGGUAGUUACGGAGUUAUUGAAAGUCCAGGUUUCCCUAGUAACUAUCCACUUUACUCAAAUUGCGUUUGGAAAAUUAAUGUCCCUAGAGGAAAUAAAAUUAAUAUUACUUUUACACAUUUUAACGUCUUAAAAUCAUUUCGAAGUUAUCGUCCAUGGUUAAGACCUAAUAGUAUUGUGUCUCCAAUACUCGUAACAUGUGAUUCGGAUUAUGUACAAAUAAUGGAAACUUCGGACACAAUAUUUACUAAAAAACUUUGUGGCACUUCAUUACCAAAACCAUUAACUGUCCAGAGCAAUUCUGUUCAAAUUAAAUUUGUAUCGGGUGGGUACUUUCCCAGACCUGGUUUUCGCUUAGAAUGGGUACGAGAUGGUUGUGGUGGUCGUAUUCAAAAACGAUUUGGUACUUUGUCAUUGGAUAAGAGUAUGACUGUGGCAGAAAACGAGAUUGUUUGUGAAUGGAUAAUAGAAACUCCGUUAGGAACCAAUACUGCUAUAACUUUCACGGAUUUAUAUAUGAUGGACUCUAAAAACUGUACAGUAGAUGCUAUUGAGGUCUAUAACGGUCAAACUGUUGAUGCGCCGCUAUUAACAAAAAUUUGCCACCGUGACACAUCGUCAGUUCAAGGAAGUUCUAACUUUAUUGUUGUUAAAUUUGUGAAGCAGUCUUCACUUAGGAACGUAUUUUUCCACUCACACUUCGAUUCAUUUAGAAAUGGCUGCGGUGGCAAAAUGCAAUCUCGUACUGGAAUGAUUUAUUCUAAAAAUUAUCCCAAAAAUUACGAUGAUGACUUAGAUUGUAUUUGGUCUAUUAUUGUACCCAAAAACCACCGAAUAAAAUUAAAUAUUCUUGACUUCGAUUUAUAUUCAGUAGAUGACAGCGAAAAUACAUAUAUACAUACAUCAUCUUGCGGGGAUCUAGUUAGAAUUUAUGAAAGCGAGGAUAUUUUACUUUCUAAUUACACCUAUCGUCUGUGUCCGAAAUCAAACAUUACACAAGUUAUUUCAAAAGAUAAUCGAUUAACAUUACAGUUCAUUACAAACGAUUUUGGGACUGCUAAAGGUUUUAAAGCUUCUUUCACUAUGACUUGUGGUGCUUAUAUAACUGCACAUCAUGAUGGAAUAAUAAGUUAUGAUCAUUUUGUAAAAAAUUCUAAUGAAAGUUGCACAUGGACUUUAUUAGCACCAAAACCAAGUCAAAAAAUAAAAUUGACCAUAACACAUAUGUCACUUUCGAAAGAUACAACUGUCGUCACCAACAGAGCAUGUCCAUCAACAUACCUUCGAGUUUUGGACGGCGACGACGAUAAUUCACCUCUGAUUGAUGAAUUUUGUGGAAACAAAAUUCCACCAAUGAUUGUGAGCCACGGUAGUGCGAUGACGAUAAAACUCGGUGCUUAUAUUGGAAAUAUUACUGGUAAAUUUUCGGCCCACUAUUCAACAUUAAUAUCAGCUUGUGGAGGCGUAUUAACAUCAGAAGAAGGCACUAUCGCUUCUCCUAAUUACCCUCAAUCGUAUCCUUAUGGAUCGGAUUGCGAAUGGAUUUUAAGCACAUCACCAGGUAAUAGAGUAUACAUAACUUUUGAAAAGUUUGACAUAGAAUAUUCUGAAAGGUGUAAUGAAGACUAUUUUGAAGUACGUGAAAAUGACGGCGGCGGGCAACUUAUCGGUGUAUUUUGCGGUAAUCAAAUUCCUACGAACACAACCGCUGCAAACAAGCUUUACAUAAAAUUCCACAGUGACAGCAAAGAUUCUGGACAAGGAUUUUUAAUUCACUAUGGAUUUCUGCACGGUAAUGAGAUUUCUGGAUUACCUUAUGGUGAAGUUAGCUCACCCAUGUACCCUUUCCUUUAUGAUGGUCAAGGUGAAUAUACUUGGCGCAUAUCUACAAUUGAUUCAGAAUCUAUUUCUCUACGCAUAAACCAGUUGGAAAUACCUAACCAAGGCACAACGUGCCAAAAUCACUUAGCCAUUUAUGAUGGUUAUAAUGACGAAGCUCCACUUUUACAAAAGAUGUGCGGAAUACUCGCAAGUCAAAUAAUCUCAUUAAAAACUUCUUCGAGUGUUGUAUAUAUUAAAUUAAAACUUGAAGAAACAAAUAGUGGAUCGCUUUUCCAUUUAAGUUGGGCACAAGCUGAUAACGACGUAGAAAUCAAAGUAAGCGAUAAAGUUAAUUGUGGGUCAAACCGUACUGAGUCUAUAGCGGCUGCUCGUAGUGUUAUUUUUAACUCCCCUAAUUAUCCAGAACCUUAUGAAAACAAUUUGAACUGUGAAUGGGUUUUCAAAUCAACACCUGGACGUCAUUUAGUCUUGACUUUUCAAGAUUUUUCGUUAGAAGAGACCCAAAACUGUUUUGCUGAUCAUGUAUCUAUAUUUUCUUCAAGCACUCUAGACCAAUGGGUACCUCUCAAAGAAAAUAUAUGUGAAAAUGCAGCUGUAAGUAGUACAAUUAAUGCGUCAAUGUACUUAAAAAUUAAAUUAGAAACUGAUUCUUCGAUAUCACAAAAAGGAUUUUCAGCAAAAGUAGCAUCAAUGUGUGGAGGUUUCCUUUUUUCAUCGUCAGGUGUAAUAGAACCAAUAUGGACUGAUAGUCAAAAUAUAUAUUCAAUUGAAAUGCGAUGUGAAUGGAUGCUUAAAGUUCGCCCUGGCAGAAUUAUGCGAAUUACAUUUGAAAAGUUUAACAUAACAAAUCCAGACAGCAGUUGCUCUACGUAUGUUAUUAUACGUAACGGCGAAUCAAAAGAAUCGCCUCUAUUAGCCGAUGGAAAAUAUUGUGGAUAUUCGCAUGAAAAUAGAAAUGAAAUUCUUUCUUCUAGCAAUGCUGUGUUUGUUAGUUACGUUGCUAAAAAUAUGAGAAUUGGUAAUUCUUUUCGAAACUUUAAACUGCGUUUUGAAGAAAGAAAUAUUGAAUGUGGCGGUUCAUCCACAUUAGAUUUCGAUCAUAAGUGGGAAGUUAUUACAUCACCUGCGUAUCCAUCAGUACCUUCGCCUUAUACGGAAUGUAUUUGGGUAUUUAUGGGACCUCCAGGAGAAAUUUUACGAAUUGAUUUUAUAGACAGAUUUGACUUGGAACGUAAAGAAUCUUGUUCUACAGAAUUCGUAGAAAUUCGAGAUGGUUCAUCGAAUCUUUCAUCUCUCAAAGGACGAUAUUGUGGUGAAAGACCUGGUACAAUAAAAAGUAGUAACAAUUUAUUAUACAUUAAAUAUUCUACACAAAUAUCAGAACCAAGAAAUGGGUUUAAAGCUAAUAUAUCAAUUGAUGUUUGCGGUGGUACAAUUAUUGCUAGCAAUGGUGAAUUAACAUCACCAGGAUACCCCCAUAUGCGAGUGCUACCAUACGGCACAGCUUGUAAAUGGCAUGUUAUUGGAUCGCCAGUAUUAACUUUGAAACUUCAACUAAAAGAUCUUAAUCUACCAGAAUCCGAAGUACCCUGUGCGACAAAACUUACUAUCUCCGAAAAAUCUGUACCUGUAAAUAACACCAUUACAAUACUAAAAGAAUUUUGUAAUGAUCAUGUAGAAGGUUACACGACACCGAUCGAAUCGUUCACUAAUGAAGUUAUUGUUACACUUUUUAUUGGAAAAUCAAAUGACUGGGAUCAAAUUUCUGAAAGCAGAGGUUUCCGUAUGACGUUUAGCACCUCAAGACCUACUUGCGGUGGUACUGUUACAACACCUGAAGGAUAUUUAACUACACCCGGUUAUCCAAGACUAACAACCAUACGAUUUUGUCAAUGGAAAAUUAAAUUACCUGAUACAACAAGACGUGUACACCUAGAACUUUUAGACUUCGAUACGGACAAUCAUCGAAUAGGAAUAUACAAUGACCUAAAUUUCCAAACACUUAUACAAUCCAUACCUGAUGAUAAUUACUCACCUACAAUAAAAGUUUUUGAAUCAUCAGGAAGUAAAUUGGGAAUGUACUUAUGGUUAAAACAGUUGGGAUCAAAAACUCACCGUUUCAAGGCUCAGUUUACGUCAAAUUAUGAAGCACUAUGCGGUGGUACUUUAAAUGGCAAAACUGGAGAAUUAGCCAGUCCAGAAAUGGAACGAUCUUAUAACUGUGAAUGGCACUAUAGCUACCAAGAAAAUGAAGGAGAAACUAAACCAAAUACUAUUCUUAUUCAUGCAAGAGUAAAUUCUUCCUCAUUGAGUAUUUACAAUUAUACAAUUUGCCGACCCAUCGAUUCUCGCUUAAAUUUGAUGUCUACAUUUGCUAAUGAAGAUUUUACUAUUGUUAGAAAUAUUUGCGGGAAUAAUACGGAUGUAACCUAUAGAUUACCAUCAUCAGUGGUGGAUUUUAAAGCAAUUAAAAACAAAGACACUAAUUUGAGCUUUUUAGUGAAAUGGAGUAUGCAACCAUGUGGAGGGGUAGUUUAUAUAAACAAAGAACCGGUAAAUGUUUUGAACUUACCUAAUAAUUAUAAUGGAUCCUUAGAUUGUGCGUGGAUUAUCAUUUCUCCUACAAAUAAUAAAAUUGAAAUCAAAUUGGAAGGGGAAUUCCAAUUUGAUUGUUCUAAUGAAUACAUAGAGAUUGGCCAAAGCUUGACACAACUAUCAAUGGUUAUAGGUAAAUAUUGUAAGGAUAAAAUUGCUCAAUAUCCAUUAAUUACCACAUUUAAAUAUACAUAUGUACAAUAUCACACUAAACUGAGAAACAAUACAAAAGUAAAACUUAUGGUGAAAACGCUUACUAGUAAAUGCGGUGGGUUACUCACAAAAUCUGAACGACAAUUUUCGUCACCUAACUUUCCCAAAAAUUACUUCAGCAAUGAAGAGUGUGUAUGGGAAAUUAAAGCAGAUCUAGGUUACAGAAUUUCUCUUAAGUUUAUUGAACGUUUCGUUAUUGAAGACAGACCAAAUUGCACAAAAGAUGUUCUUAUUGUCUUUGAUUGGAAGGAUAAUGAAUAUAUUGAAAUAGCCAAGUUAUGUGGCCGGCGACUACCACCGGCAUACAAUUCAACAUUCAACCAAAUGAAAGUUAUCUUCCGCACGGACGCGGAAAUCAACUUAGAUGGAUUUAGAGCACAAUGGAAUGAUAUUUGUGGUGGGAACUAUAUAGCAAUUGAAAAUGAACAAAUAAUAUACAGUCCAGGAUAUAAUAACGAAUACAUGCGAUCACAAAAUUGUGAAUAUCGAAUACUGGCUGUUGACAAUAACAUAAAAGUUAAAUUUCUAAGUUUUGAUAUUGAAGGUACGUAUCCGUUAUGCGAAUAUGGUAAUGUCACUAUAACUGCUCAUAGUCCAAACGAAUAUAUAUAUCAAGUAUAUUGCGGGAAAGAACUCCCUCCACUUAUACAAAAUGUCGCUGAUGUUCAAGUGCUUUUAAGCACCGACAGAUAUAGUGAUAGAAAAGGAUUUAAAUUAGCAUAUUCUAUUUAUUCUUGUGGGGGUAAAAUCAAUAACAAUAUAGUUAUUACUUUUGACAAGUACGAACAUAAUUUAAAUUGUACAUGGAUAAUAAAAGCCCCUGUUAACAAAAUAGUUGUAUUAAGAUUUCUUCACAUUGAUCUGGAAAGUAAUUCAGAGUGCUAUAACGAUUAUAUAGUAGCUUAUAAUGGAUUUAUUAUAGAUCCAAAUAAACGUCUUGCACUUAUGUGUGGUCGUGUAAAUUCUAGUACAGUUAUUAAAAGCGCGAGUAACGAAAUGCUCCUCCGAUUCGUUACUGACAGCAGCGUUUCAUAUAAAGGAUUUCAAGUUGAAGUUAUAUUUACUUUCUCGGAAUCAGCUGGAUGUGGAGGACAAAUCAAUUUAGCUCCAACAUCAAGUCAAACUUUAAAAUCGCCCCUUAUCGGAAACAGAGUUAUAUAUGAAAGUUACUUGGACUGCAGCUGGUAUAUCAAAGCCCCAGAAGGGUAUGUGGUUUCUAUUGAAUUCAUCUCUUUCGACAUAUCAUCUUGUCACAACGUCAAUCAAACUGCUUUAGGCAUUAGUAAAUGUGAUUGUGAUUUAGUAGAAAUAAGAGACGGCAUAAAUCCGGAUAGUUUAGUAAUAGACACUUAUUGUGGUCACACUUUGCCUCCACAAAUACAUUCCUCGCUUAAUCAUAUGUUAAUACGCCUAAAAACAGACGGUGAAAUUGCUAGCUCCGGCUUCGAAAUCACUUUAACUGCGAAAGAAUCCAUUUGUGGUCAAUCUCUGUAUCCUGUUAGUCAUAAUGUGCAAAUUUUAAAAUCUCCCCGUUACGAUACGGGCUAUAUUCCACGCGGUUUACAUUGUUCUUACCGUUUAGACUCUCACGCUGAAAUAUACAAUACAGUGCGUCUUACUGUAAAAAACCUAGACUUGCGACCGGGUUCCGCAAAUAUCAACAAAUGUAACUAUGAUCGUCUAUUAAUAACGAGUAGUCCUUACUCUCAGAACGUUUCGAUCGGCAAAGAAUUUAUUUUAAACCCACAAACUAAUAGCUUUUACGAUGUUUCCAUUUUUUAUGAGCAAACGUUCCCCAGCAGUUUAGAGCUAUGCGGAAAUAAAAAAUCGGUCGACUUAUACAUUACUGGAGACGUGCUAAUUAAUUUACAAACAACCUCAGAAGCAGAUCUGCGGAGUUACAAAGGAUUUGAAAUUGAAUUUUUGUUCACUGGAUUCUGUGGCAGAAACUAUACAGAUCCCCAAGGUAGGUUAAAAGCACUAUACCCAACAGACGGAGAAGAAAACAAAGAUUGCUACACUCUUAUUACUGCUCCUGAAAAUAACACAAUAGCCCUUUACUUUUUCUUUAUUUCACCUGAUUAUUACAGCAAUGACGUCUAUCUAGAAAUAUUUGAUGGAGAUAAGCGUAGCGCUCCAAGGUUGGUUAAGAUUGUUAAAGAAUUCUCUGAAUACACAGCAGUGUUUUCUACUGGCAGAAAUUUGCUUUUAUAUAAUCAUCCCGUUAACAAAAAUCAAGUGACUUUCGACUCUAACUACGUGGUUACCAACAAGGGCCGCGGGUGUGGCGGUAAACUGCACAAUGUAGUGGGGCGAGUUGCAAGUCCGAUGUACCCAGCGAUAUACCGCCAUAAGAACAUUUGUGAAUGGGAGCUUGAAACUCCUCAUGGGUCACGAUUAAUGCUCCAUUUCGCAGUAUUUGACCUUGGCAUUGUGUGUGAUCAAAAUUACAUGCAGUUAGUCGAUAGAAAUGGCAAUACAAUAUCUACAUAUUGCUCUGAAACACCAGCAGAUUACACGAGCUUAAACAAUUAUGUUAAAAUUGUGUUCAUUUCAAACAUGAACAACGGCGGGACAGGUUGGGUUGCAGAUUUUGUAGCAGUUUUAUAUUAG